AUGAUCAUUUCGAACUUGGUCUUCGUCUCUCUAUGUGCUCAGACAUGGGCUGCACCACAGCAAGGGGGCGGUGGAACCCCUCGAGUCACCAUCAAGGCACCUCAAGCAAACCUGAAAGGUACAACGAAAGGAUUUCUUGGAGCCAAGGCUGGUGAAGUUGAAUCAUUUAAUGGGAUCCCCUUUGCCAAGCCUCCUAUUGGAGACUUGAGGUUCAAGCCACCUGUCCGGCUUACCGAAGCCAUGGGCGAAGUCGAUGCCACCACGGAACAACCAGAGUCAUGCCCGCAGUUCAUCCUACAACCAGAUUUUGGCUCGCCUCUUAUUCCUCCAGACCUUCUCGAUAAGGUCCUCAAUCUACCCAUUCUCAAGAACCUAGCCGUUGGGCAAGAAGACUGUCUCACUAUUAAUGUGCAACGCCCCGCCGGAACCAAAGAGGGAGAUAAGCUACCGGUGAUGUAUUGGAUCUUUGGCGGUGGGUUUGAACUAGGCAGCACCUCCAUGUACAAUGGAGCUGGACUCAUCGCAGAAGGGAUGUCUACCGGCAAGCCAUUCGUUUUCGUGGCAGUCAACUACCGUGUGGGUGCUUGGGGAUUCAUGCCGGGCAAGGACCUCAUGCAGGAAGGCAGCUCUAACGCCGGUCUUCUGGACCAACGAAUGGGACUAGAAUGGGUCCAGGACAACAUUGCUAGCUUUGGUGGCGACCCGGACAAGGUCACUCUAUGGGGAGAGUCGGCUGGCGCUAUAUCAAUCUUCAGUCAACUCUCUCUCUACAACGGCAACAUCACACGCAAUGGCAAGGCCCUCUUCCGCGGCGCCAUAAUGAACUCCGGAUCUGCUGUUCCGACUGAUCCGAUGGACUCUCCUAAAGCCACAAAGGUUUAUGACAAGGUCCUGUCUGCUGCCGGAUGUGAUGGAGCGCCUGACCGAUUAAAGUGCCUGCGAGAUCUCUCUUACGAUGACAUGCGCAAAGCUGCAAACUCUGUGCCAGGCCUUCUGAGUUACAGCUCAGUAGCUCUUUCCUACCUCCCGAGACCUGACGGGAAGAACAUAGUGUCAAGCCCAGAAGUAUUUGCUACUUCUGGGAAGCUCCCCAAGGUGCCCUUCAUUUUAGGAGACCAGGAAGACGAGGGCACCCUUUUCGCUUUGUUCCAACCGAACAUCACCAGGACUCGAGAGGUUGAAGAAUACCUCGGCGAACUCUACUUCAACAAUGCCUCCCCGCAGCAGAUCAAGGACCUAGUAGGCACUUACGCUGCCCGCCCUUCUGAAGGAUCGCCGUUCAGAACCGCAGGGUUUAACGAAGUCCGGCCGCAGUUCAAGAGACUAGCUGCCAUCUUAGGUGACACGGUUUUCACCCUCACCCGUCGAGCUGUGUUCAACAUCUCUCAAACAGUCCAGCCAGAAGUCAACACCUGGAGCUACCUCGCCAGUUACGACUACGGUACUCCUGUCCUCGGAACAUUCCACGGAUCGGAUCUCCUCCAGGUAUUUUAUGGGAUCAAGCCGAAUUACGCUGCUUCGGCGACGCGGGCGUACUACUUUAACUUUGCUUACAAUCUGGACCCCAAUGACUCCUCUGGUGGCACGGGGAAGGCAAAGGUGAAGUUGAUCGAUUGGCCUAAGUGGAGAGACGGGAAUAAGAUGCUGCACAUGAUGGCCAAGAGUGCGGAUUUGAUAGAUGAUGAUUUCCGACAGGACAGCUUCAACUUCUUGCUGAAUAAUGUAGAGAAAUUACGCUUCUAA